UUUGUCCGCGAGGAAGUAGCUAAUCCCCUGCUGACCUCUCUGUGCUGCAGACCGUGCGGAAGCGCUGCUCGGUGUAGCACCUGUGAGCCUCAGGACCUCCGUAUCUGGCAUCCAUUAAUUUAGCUUUUUAGUUUUAGGAUGGAGGAGCUGAGGUGCAGCUCCCCUGUGCUUAAGUUGGACCUGAACAACUUCGACUCUCCCGGAGCAGAGAGCAACCGACAUGUCUUAACGAACUCUCGCUCGCUUGAGUCUUGCGCUCGGCUGGGUGUAAAACCGGUUCAGCUUUUAAUUAAAUCUCUAAACGACUUCAUUGCUGAGCGACAGGACACGCCGUUUGAGACAAUGAGAGUCGUGCAUGAAUCUUAUGAAAAGGAGAGGCUGAAGACUUUACAAAAGUGCGGCCAGGAACGGCGGAGGAUUAUCCAGGCGGCCGGGGACAGGCGGCCAUGCAGCAGUAAAGCCUCGGGCUUGGAGGUGUUGCCUGACACCAGACUGGAAGAGCGCUCAACAGAAAUGCCCUAUGCAGAUCUCUGCUCUGAAGAGAAGGCUGUUAGCAGGUCCUCCUGCUCUGCUCCUAGUAAAAUGGAUCCAGAGAGGAGCACAUUGUGCAGCUUCAACCUGGGAGACCUCAUACACUCCCCAGCUACCGAGAAGAAGCUGAAGAGGCUCACCAAGAGCAUCCAAAAGCAGAUGUGUGUCACAGUAUCGGAGAGAGACCAGAAGAUAGCUGCUCUGAUGCUGGUGAAGCAUGAGGAGGAACAGGCUCGUUUGAAGCUCAGCCAGCAGGAGGAAUGGGAGCGACAGGAGGCCCGCAGGCAGGAGGAGGCCCAGCAAGUUCAGGCAGAAAAAAAGAGGAGGAAGAAGCUGAAGCGGAGUAUGAAACGCUGGAACGAGGAGCUGGAGGCCCGCAGGAGGCUGAGGGAGCAUCGAGAAAAAGAGAAAGCAGAACAGCUUAAGCAGGAGGUGCUUCUGCAAGAAGACCGAUGGAGAAGGCUAAAAGAGGAGGUGGAAGUGUACCGCAGGGCAAAGAUGGAGGGUACACAGAAGGAGGCGGAAGAGCGCAAACGCUACCAGGAGAAGCUGCUGACCGAGAAGGAGGAGGCGGGGAAGAGGGAGCGAGAGAGGGAGAGACAGGUGGCAGCGGAGAAGGAGGAGAAGGUCCUGAGGAGCAAGAUGCUGAAGGAGAAGGGGGAGCGGAAGAGGCUGCAGGAGGAAAACCAUAAAGAGCUGCUGAGACACAUCUUGCUGAAACACCAGGUUGAGCUGCAGGGGGAGGAAGAGGAGGCGCAGAGGAGGAGCACACUGGAGAAGAAGUUGCAGCACUCCUGCCAAAGGCGUGCCAAGUCUGUAGAGGCACGACUCGAAGAGCUUCGGGAGCGGGCUGCCCGGGAGGAGGAGAUGAGUCAACGAGUGCAGCUGAGGGCCGAGCUGCAGAGCGUCCAGCAGCUCACACACAAGCAGAUCCUGGUCCAGCUGAGCCAGAGACGCAUGGAGAGAGCCGCCCUGCACGCCUCAGCGCAGCACAGGCGCAGAGCUCAGAAAACCCGGCAGAACAACAAACACAGGCAGCUCUGCCACCAGAGGCUCAGAGAGGAACUACAGAGAGAGGAGGAGGCGGCGAGGAGAGUCAGAGAGAGCCGCAUUUCCACAAAGGAGCAGAAGAGGGAGCGGCUGAGAAGGCAGCGAGAGCAGAUACAGGAGGAGGCACAGAGGCUGGCUCGGGCCUCCUUUCACAUGAGGGAGAGAGUGAGGCAGCAGACGCACAGCCGGACCUUUGAUCAGAUGGCGCUUGAGGCUCAGCUGACUGCGUCUUUAAACCGCAUGAAUCUGUGAACUCUAUUCAGACUCUGUUUUGCACCUGUACACUCACCCAGAGCUGCUUAGAAAAGGAUCUGCAGUCAAAUAAUAGCUCCAGAGAC